AUGAAAAAUGAGAUGGAUGGCUACACUUUCUUCAGAGCUAUGAAACCACUCUAUUACCUUAGCAAACCGUUUGGUUUGGCACCUUUCACGAUAAAUCAACAUUCAAACAAAUUUUCGACAUCUCCUUAUGAGAGCAUAUAUUCGGUGUUCGUGCUUACAUUAGAGGUCACAAUGAUCAUUUUUAUGGUAAAUGAACGGUUACGUUCGGUCCACUUGAUGGCCACCGUAAAACUAACUGACAUAGCUGAGUUUGUGCUAACAACCUCUUCUGCCGUCCUGACGCUCAUCUGUCUAUGUUUCUUCUCUCUCAAAAAUCUCAUCCAAAUUCUAAACAAGCUCCUUGAGAUUGAUAGGCUAAUUAUGCCAAAUCCAAGCAAUGAGUACAAAAAUGUGUUCAAAAAACAGGUUGCACAAGUACUUACACUUGUUCAGCUGCUAAUUACUUUGUUUAUAGCUGAUGGAAUUUUAUGGGGAAGUGUCGACAAACAGUAUAUUUUCCAUUAUGCCAGUGUUUAUCCGUUCUAUGCAGCAGUUGCAAUUGCUUGUGCCCAGUUCUCCUACCUGGUGUUAUGGUUGAGGAAACGCGUAUGUCUGGUGAAUGAAAGACUUCUCGCCGUAUGGCAGCGGAGGAAGGUUUCGGUGGCGCUAUGUCCGCCGCUGCACAACAUGCAAGUGGCUGCUGCACUCCGAAGAGCACAGUAUGACGUCAGUACUGGAGGCGACAGUGUGAGUUACCUUCAGGCAUGCAUCGCAUCUGUGAACUUGCUAAUACUUCUAUUGACAGCCUUUCCUACACUUCUGUAUAUUUCACACUAUUGUCAAGGAGAAACAAGUGGUCUGUUUGUCUGUGACAUAUGUCAAACACCAUCUCAGGAUUGCCUCUUUGUUUCACAUACAUAUAAGUUAAAAACAAUUAUAAGCACUUUUCACCAUAAAAUCUCUGAAAAGAUGUGA